GCGUAUGGAAGGAGUUGUUGUGUACGGUGCUGGCCGGAAUGAGCGGAAUGCCCGGAGGAAUCCUCCUCUUCCUCCCCAUCUACCACCCCCUCCACGACAUCUUCAAUAUCCACACCGAGAACUGCGUCCUCAUCCUCUUCAUCGUCUUCUUCCUCCUGAUCUGGUGCGCGGACAGGCACCCGGAGGGAGCCCUCCAGUCCCGCCCCGUCGGGGGGAAGUGCAAACACGAGCGACCGAGCAUCGAAAUCUUCCUCCACCUGAUCCCCCAUUACUUGCUUUAUUGGUGGAUGGCGUCCUUCGGUCACCCGGAGCGGGAAGUCUCAGUCGGGUUGCACGAGCAGACCGGACCCUGCGAUCAAAAAGAGUACAUCCGAACUGCCUUCGGCAUGGAUUUGCCGCGUCGGAAAUACUUCUGCCCGACGGACUACGACGAAGGUUACUUCGACUUCCACUGCACCCCGGGGGGCGCCCCUCCCCCGAACUAUUACCAAUGGUACACCAUCUGCGGCGUCCCGUUCGCCAACAGAGCGGAAUACGCCAGCAUGCUGACUGCCAUCUGCGUCCUCGCCGCCGUUGUCUUCUACCAGAUGCACUGCCGCAGCGGGCCCGAGGUCAGGGGUGAUAAGACGACUCCGAAUGUCCAAACUCCCAAGACCAAGAAGGUCAAACGUCAAUAGGUCAAAAGGUCAAGCACCUCUCCUCCGAUGGCUUAUAAUGCUCCACUGCCACUCUGGGUGUUCUAGGGGUUUCAUUAUCCGAGUUUUAUCGCAGGGCUUGUCAGACAAUAAACGGUUAUAUGAUUCUCUUAUUUCAAA